CUGUCAACACGGGGAAAACAUGGCGGCUCUCGAGAAAGGCAUGGCUAGACAUACUGGUGUCAGCAAUACUACUAGUUUUCAGAAGAAAUCCCGCAGCAAACUUGUUUCUAUCCCUGGAACCAGACCGUCUGUUCAAAACGGACAGCUCAUAGUUUCCACCGGUGUCACCUCGCUUGACUACGUCAUUGGUGGUGGCCUGGCAGUCGGAACUCUGCUACUUGUAGAGGAGGACCGCUAUGACAACUACUCCCGUAUGCUGCUCAAGUACUUCCUGGCAGAAGGAGUUGUCUGUGGACAUGAACUCUUCCUGGCAUCUGCCCGGGAUCACCCUGAUGAGAUCAUGCAGGAACUCCCUUCCCCGAUUGUGGAUGAUGUUGCUAGUCGUAAAAUUGGUGAGGGUCAGCCUCAGCCAUGUGACACAGAGAAUCCUGACACUAUGAAAAUCGCCUGGCGCUACCAGAACCAGCCCAGAGUUCAGACAACAUUGGCUUCAUCAUUGAGGUUUGGGCAUUACUAUGAUGUGUCCAAGACCAUGGAGCCAGAGGUCCGACAAGCAGCAAAGUGCCACACAUUUUAUCCACUCCAGGAAACACCAGCAACCACCGAAUCAAGUCUGUUACCUUCACCCUAUCAUGCUCUGCUGAAGUCCAUUCAGGCGGUCAUCCAUAAAGAAGGGUUUGAUGGAUCCACACCACAGUCUAAGGUCCGAAAUGUCUUGCGGCUGGGUCUUCACUCUCUGGGGUCAGUGUUAUGGAGGGAUGAUCUGUGCUGUAAGGAUAACCCCGCCCACUGCCACGCCCUCACCACCUUCCUGUACGCCCUCCGGGGCCUGUUACGCACUUCACUCUCGGUCGCCAUGGUGACUGUACCCUCCCACCUCAUACAGAACAGAACCGUAAUGGGACGAAUAAUCAGACUAAGUGACACAGCCAUCGCUCUGGAAUCAUUCAGAGGUUCAGAGCAAGAGACCAGCCCACUUUACAAAGACUACCACGGUCUUCUGCAUGUUCGUCAAGUGCCGUGUCUUAACUGUCUGACAUGUGAAGUACCCAAUACGAAAGACUUGGCUUUCAAACUCAAGAAGAAGCAGUUUACAAUUGAGAGACUGCAUUUGCCUCCAGACCUGUCAGAGACAGUGAGUCGAGUGAGUAAACCAGAACUGGCAGCAGGAUGUGGUACCACUGCCACGGGCAACAAGCACCUAGAUUUCUAGUUUAUUCCCUCCCUCCUGUACCCUCCUCCCUUUCAGUUCCCACCAAAAUCACUUUGAUGUUCAAGGGCUCGAGAGCUACACUUCGCCAGCACGAGGUUAUAGACACACCUGCACUGACAUGGUUACUGUGAUUACUAGUCUUAAAAUGGCACCUUGUUUGAUAACUACACAACAUGGUGAAGGAUGCAAGUCGCAUUGAUAACCUGAUAGCAUGCAGAACUACAACGACCUGUUGCUAUUGGAUAGUGCAAGUAUGUGAUGCAAAUAAUUUUAUCAUGGUUUGUGUACAACAGUCUUUUCAGUGCAUUUGAGAAAUUCUGCAUGAAUUGUGUGUGUCUUGCUGAUGUUUAUUAACUUGUUGGCUAAUAAAUGUCUGCAGUCAAUAAAUCUUCUAUAAUUGCUACAGAAAAUAUGUCAUGGUUUUUCUUGAUUAAUGGAACUUAAAGUCUAUCACCUGGAUCUGAGGCAUGAUGUCAAAUACCACAGAGAAUUAUUCAGACUCCUCCAUCAGUUUGUAAAAACAAAUUUUAAAAGUCUUGAUAGUUAUGCACUUACAAUGAAAGUCUAUGGGGCAACGUGCAACAAUUGCCUCAUAGACUUCCAUUGUACUAUAAGUGGAUUUUCACAUAGUUUUCUGGCAUAACUGCCAACAUGUCUCCGAUGUUGUAGUGCUUAAGUUGUAAAACAUAGAACAUUCCUUUAAGCUGUAUUAUCAUAUUCUGGGUUCGUAAUCUUUUUCUGUUCAGGACGUAAUU